GAUGGAUACUUCCACCAAGAUCAUGGGAUUGCUCAACGCGAGUCACGACACCACGAGCACUUCGAUCACGGCCAUAGUGAACUAUUUGGCUCAGUUCCCCCACGUCUAUGAGCGGGUUCAUCAAGAACAACUGGAGAUCGCCAGAUCCAAGGGUCCGGAUGAAUUUCUGAACUGGGACGAUGUUCAAAGAUGAAGUAUUCGUGGAACGUGGCCUGCGAGUCGAUGAGAUUGUUACCCCCUGCACAAGGGGCAUAUAGAGUAGCAAUGACGGAUUUCAGUUUCGCUGGCUACACAAUUCCAAAGGGAUGGAAGACAUUUUGGACGGUGCACUCCACAAACAAGAACCCCAAGUAUUUUCCUGAUCCGGAGAAAUUCGAUCCCUCAAGAUUCGAAGGAAACGGGCCUGCACCUUUCAUUUACGUUCCCUUCGGAGGAGGACCUCACAUGUGCCCUGGGAAAGAGUACGCGAGGCUCGAAAUACUUGUUUUCAUGCACAAUCUGGUGACCAAAUUCAAGCUAAUGAAGGUCAUACCGAACGAGAAGUUUAUCUAUACCCCAUCGCCGGUCCCUGUCGAAGGUCUCCAUAUUCGCCUACUACCCCACAACUAGAUAUGUACAAGUUAUUGACAUGAUUUACAGGGCUUAUCGAAACUUGGUCGCGAGUACUCAAAUCAUAUUAAGUAUGAUUUCAAGGCACGUAUGC